AUGUUCCCCACCCCCGCACCCCACCGUGCUGGUGUCUUUCUGGUGCCAACAUAUCUGCACAGUGAACAUGACCAGGGAGAUCAAGGAGAAAGAAAGACUCUCGGGCUGCAGCAGGCACCCAGACAUCACAGAGAUAAUAGAGGAUCCCGAAAAGAAGCCAGCAAGUUACAAAGGAGGAAUGGGCAAGUAAAAGAUCUCCUGAAAGUGGGACGCCAACUGUUAAAGGGAGAUUCUCGCCUCAGGAUGCCUGCAACCUCAAGCUCAGCCUUGCGUGUGGUCCGUGAGAAAGCCACGGCUCCAACUGCAAAUCUGAGGAUUAAAACCAAUUUUAGCUCUUCAAGCAACACAGGCUGUACCUCAGUGCCUGAAGCCCAUGUGUCGGCUGCUGGAAGCAAAAGGUCUUUUUCUCACAAUUGUGGCCUUCAUGGUCAGAAUAAUGGAUCCUUAUCCAACAAGUCCAGACCCAGCCCACCUGCUUCCCGUGAAAAGGCCCCUUUGUCAACACUGAGCAAAACCCAGCCGAGUCCUGCGAACACCCGUCAGAAUUAUGGGGCUUCUUUAGCCAGCAGAAGCAACUCAGGCUCAAACAAAGGAAGUGACAGCAGCCAAGUGACGAGGCGAUCAGGGAAAUCUAUUUCUUGUGGUCACAACUGCAGCACUAAGCCAGAAAAUCCGGAGCGGUAUUUGACUCCUCUGCAGCAGAAAGAAGUUACAAUACGGCAUUUGAAAAAAAAGCUGAAGGAAUCCGAGUGCAAAGUUACAGAAAGGGAAAGAGAAAUCGAAAAGCUCAAAGCUCAGGUGGAACGUAUGAAGGAAGACUGGAUCGAAGACGAGUGUAAUCAUGUGGAGAUGGAGCUGAGCCUCUUGGAAGCAAGGAGGGAAAUUAAAGAACUCAAGCAAGGUAUUGAGAGCAUGAAGAAGAGCUUGGCUGAGAAAGACAAAAAAUUUCAGAAAUACUUCCUAGACGUAAGCAUUGAAAACAAGAAACUGGAAUCUUUGGUGUCGAGCAUGGAGAUGGCCCUGAAGAGCUCUGUGAGAGAUGAGCAGCGCCCAGAGUACACAUGUGACUCUGAGGGGAAGCCGUUGUGUACCACGAUGCCAGACAGCCCCACCACAGAGGACCAAGCUCUGGAGGAGCUGGCAGGUAGUGGGCUGUUUCUUCAUGAGGACACAGCUAACGGGACUGAUUUAUUUGAAGAGAGUUUGACCACCACAACCUCUGAGUUGAGUGAUUCAGCUCCCUCCAAUUCUAUUGUGAAUCAAGAGAUGCUUGAAAAUGUUCUGGGUGAGAAACUAACUUUUUCCCAGGAGGAGGAGGAGAAAGUCAGAAACAUGAUGGUGGAGCAGACCAUCCAGACUGAUGUGGUGCCAUAUAGCCUAGAAGGGGAGCAGUUCAUUCAAAACAUGUUCGAGCUCAGAGCUCAAGAUGCCUGUCCUCUAAGCCCGCCUUCUUCCCUGAAGGAAUUGGGUCAAUUUCUUGAAAGCCUCAGUGAUUCUGGUAUCGUAGUGGACUUAACUCCAGGUGAGCCAAACUCUACCACCCUUUUGUCUCCUGUGACACCUCCAUGCAGGAAGGUGGAGCACGGAGUUAAUGAAAACCAUUUUGUGAAAGAACUUGAUUUUACAGAACCUCACGAUGAUGAAGUCUUUGGGUACGUCAAUACUGUUUCUCAGACAGGAAUAAAGAAGACAUACUGGAGCAGCAGACUCGCCAGCGAUCUGGCUGUAGCAGCCCCUGUUGUACCAACUAUCAUGUGGGCUUUCAGUACUCAUGGAGCAGGAAGAGAUCUCAUUUACAGUACUGGAGCGUUGUUUUGCAGUUCUGUCCUAGUCCACCGUUUUGCUCUUGACUAUUUGAUUUGCCCUAUAAAUCGGUUUGAAAACAUGUUACUUGUUUCAGAAUGGAAAAGGUAA